AAUAAAUACUAUGUAGGUGCCUAUAUGAUGUUGAAUUGAGAUGUACUACAAGACCAAAACUCGAUGCUUAAUCCAUCUCUUAAAGCAUCGGAGAUCUAUCUUCGAAAUGUCUUAGAGUCGACGCCAUUACCUUGAUGAUCGCCGACGCCAUGCGGUGAUGUAAUUUGUGUAGGGCAGCUCUCCAGCGUGCCCACACGCGCCACCGGUGUCACUUACAAUAAUGCCCCUCAGUGGAAUGCCAGGUGAAAACCGAGUCUUAGAUAGGUACCUACCUACCUAUAAGUCUUCUCUUCCAUUAAACAUGCUCAGACCACACCCAAUCCCUCCAUUUAUCAAAACACCCGACGUUCAUAUAGCAGAACUCGCAUACCCAUCAUGAUGCCCAACGGAGAUGCAUCGAUGUUUGUCAAGACUGGUGUUGAUAACUACGAGCCCGGUGAUGGAAAAGAGCUACAUGGCGAGAUUAGCCACAUCGAGAAUCUUACGAACACGAGAACAACUCUCAAAUCCUUCGCGGAUCUUGACGAGAAAAAAAUCCUAAGAAAGAUGGAUAUUCGCUUGAUCCCUCCGCUCACGGUCCUCUACUUAUUAUCCUACCUCGAUCGAGGGAAUAUUGGGAACGCCAAGAUCGAAGGCCUUCAAGAAGAUUUGGGGAUCAGCUCUGAUCAGUACAACCUUUGUCUGACUGUAUUCUUCUUCACAUAUGGUCUAUUCGAAGUACCAAGCAACUUGAUAUUGAAGAAACUACGGCCUUCGAUAUGGCUCCCGCUCAUCAUGGUCGUGUGGGGGAUCGUAUUAACAUUAAUGGGUAUAGUGAGAGGCUUUCAUGGCUUACUCAUAACGAGGUUAUUUCUCGGUGUCGCUGAAGCAGGUCUCUUUCCCGGUUGCGCCUAUUAUCUCACCAUGUGGUACAGUCGUCAUGAGAUACAACUUCGCCAAGCCAUGUUCUUUUCUGCUGCUUCAAUAGCUGGCGCAUUCAGUGGGCUUCUAGCCUUUGCGAUUGCAAAGAUGGAUGGUAUUGGUAAUCUAGAAGGCUGGCGCUGGAUCUUCAUUCUUGAGGGACUGGUAACCAUCGUUAUCGCUUCCGUCGCAUUCUUCGUCUUACAUGACUUCCCCGAAACUGCAUCAUUUCUCACUCCAAAAGAGCGAGAGUUUGUUAUGUUUCGCUUGAAAUACCAGGGGCAAUAUCAAGGGAUAGAAGUGGGGCAGAUGCAGGUAGCCCAAGCAGAGGAGUUCGAAUGGAAAUACGUCCUUGACGCCUUUAAGGACUGGCAGAUAUGGGUGAAUAUCUUUGUCUAUUGGGGAAUUGUAUGCCCAAUCUAUGGUAUAAGCCUAUUUCUUCCGACGAUUAUCAGGAAUUUGGGUUACUCUGCGAGCACUGCGCAACUUAUGACCGUACCGAUCUAUAUAGUAGCGGCAAUCCUAUCAGUCAUAUUCGCUUUCCUUUCGGAUCGUGCAGGAAAGCGCAGCCCGUUUAUCAUUUCAUUUCUCCUCUUAAUGAUCGUCGGGUUUUCAAUGUGCAUUUCAAGUACGAAUCCUAGAGUGGUCUACGGCGGUGUCUUUUUGGCAGCCUGUUCUAUGUACCCGGCAUUUCCAGGCUUGGUAACCUGGUUGUCAAAUAACCUAGCAGGUAGUUGCAAGCGCAGUGCUGGAAUGGCGCUUCAGAUUGGCAUAGGCAAUCUCGCCGGAGCGAUGGCGUCGAAUUUCUACCGACAGAAGGAUUCUCCGCGAUAUAUACUUGGCCAUGGCCUAGAAAUAGGAUUCAUUGGCGUUGGUAUCAUUGCUGCGCUAAUUCUUCUUGUGGCAUAUACUGCCAUAAACAAGGCGAGGGAUAAAGCUAUCAGACAAGGGGCCGGGGAUCAAUUCACCGCUGAGGAGCUCUCUGCACAAGGCGACCGAGCAGUCACGUUCCGAUAUAUGAUUUAGCUUCCCCCAAAGAGAGAAAUCAAAG